GAGCUGAGAACUUUUAUUGCAGCGAUUUAUGCUAUAGUCUCGGCAACUAAUAGCGCUGCAAAUUAAAAAACCUUAAUACAGCGCUACAUGAUACGUCGAAAUAAAGUCAGGGGGCCAAAAUGAGCUCAGUUUUAUUAAUUUCCCCCCAACACUUUUACCCCAAACAGUACCAGAGUUCCCAAAUCAUUCCCCCGACUCCUCUUCGGCGAAACCAUACUCCCUACCCAUCAUCUGCAAGUUCUUCGGUAAUUAGCUUCUGCAAAUCCCCUGCAUUUUCUGUGGUUUAUCAACUCAGCUUGAAGAUUUCUUGUCGCACACACGUACACGAAGCGAUUUUCCUUUCCGGAGUAUCUUAUUCCACCCCCUUCUCCCCCUGGUUAGUGUUUCUCGGCGGCUUUCUCAGUUUGCCUUCAAGUAGUUCAGACCCAUCGGCGAGUUUGGAAGAGAAAUUGCGUCUAUAUUCGGCCUGUGUACUCACUGUGUUGGGUUCAUUUUGGGGAAUCGACCGAUUAUUUUCAGCGGCAGGCUUUGUUUGAGCUGGUUGAAGUUGGGUUCGAAGGAAGAAAAAGCUUGAUGUCGUGUUCUUAAAAAAUCCAUUGCAAUCCUAUCUAAUGGUAUGCUGAGCACGAGGAGCAUGAACGGCCAAGGUGACGCAAUGGGAGCCAGUGUCCGAGGUAGGGCCAGAGGCCGAGGAUUCCGUGGUAGAAGACUUGUCCCUUAUUCAUGCCGAGCUCGCCGGCCACGCGGUGUUCGGAUUAGUUCAUACCAUAGUCCAGGGGAUGUGGACGAGGCUAGCUCAGAUGACUCUACCCAGCCCCCAAGCCAUCCAUGGGAGCCACCAUGUGCGACCACACCACUGGAGCCCGAGCCACGCGGAGUCACCUCACCCAGUCCAUUACCAGAGCUUCAUAGAGAUCAAAUCAUAGUGGAUGCCCACACGGAGCCUAACAGAGUGACCGGUCAUACAAUGCCACCAGAAUGUCCUGUAGACCGUGUUGGUGUGGAUGCCCCCACGGAGCCUAACAUCGUGAUCUCAUUUCAUAUAGAGCUAGAGCCUACUGGAGUCCAAAUCGGUGAGGACACCCCCACGGGGACUGUACAAAACCAGGCACAAAAGAGACGGGGACGUGGGCCAGCCAAAUGCACUGAAUUUGAAAAAUGGCGGAAGCAUGGAAAGGUGCUUUUGAAGAUAAAUACCGGGAAAACCGCACCAUGCUGUUCAAACGCCAACAUGUUCACAACACGAGUUACGUGGAUAGUCAAACAUCAUUGUGACAUGAGUUAUGCAAGAUGGAGUGAUGUACCCCAAGCGCAUAAGGAUGAGCUGAUUGAUCGUGUUCGGGGUGAUUUUGAACUUGAUUGGGAGUUGGAGAACCAUCGCUUAACAGUAACUAAACAGCUUCGGAAGAGAUUUAAUGCAUUCCACCAUGAAUUACAUAGCAUAUAUUUAUCCUAUGGGAGCCACGAGGAAGCAUUAGCUAGUGGGACUGAGCGGGUCAGCCCCCUUGUUUGGGUUAAGCUAUGUACAAGAUGGGGUAGCGAGGCCUUCAAGAAAAUAUCUAACAAAAAUCGGGAGAAUAGGAAGAAGCUACUUAUUAACCACACAGCAGGUCGCAAAUCGUUUGUGCGGAUUCUUGAAGAAAAGAGGGCUGAAUCGGCAAAUUUGGUAGACUUCUUCAAGGAAACCCACUGGUCCAAGAAGAAUUCAAAAUUUAUAACAGCUGCGACCGAAGACAAAUAUAAGGAUAUGGUUGGAAAGCUGGAUACUCUAGAACCAGAGCAACGAACUUCAGAAGCAGCAGCUGGUGUCUUCAAAGAGGUACUCGGUUCGAGACCUGGUUAUGCAAGAGGAUUAGGGGAGAUGGUAAUCCCAGAGUCUACGAGACAACGCUCAUUGGAACGAGAGAGAGAGUACAUAGCCUUGAUUGAAAAACAUAAGAAAGAGGCUGAAUCUUCCAAGAGUGAGAUGGAGGCAAUGAAGGCAAACAUGCAGAAGCUAUUGGAAAGACAAGAGCAGACCGACCGCCUUUUGAGGGCUUUCUUUGUUGCUAACCCAUCCCUUAGUGAGUCUGUUAGAGAGACUGAGUCUGUUCCAGAGACUCAGUGAGCAGGUUUUUGUGAGAAAAUAUGAAUCUGUUUUUUGUGGCAUUUUGGGUGCAUAUUUUGUUGUUCCAAUGGUGGAUAGACUAUAGUUUAACCAAUGGAAGGCUAUAUGUAUAUGUUUUGUGGGAGCAUUCGUGAUGGGGUUGGGUAACGCUUAAUUUUUGGGCCCUUUGAGAUAUCCUUAAUUAUAUAUGGUGGAAGUUUGGGCCGAUAUUAAGCUAUGUGGUAAUAUCAAAACAGGUAAAUAUCUUUGCCAACCACUAUCUUAUUAUCUAAAGCAUCUUUGAUUAUAUAUGAUUGAGGACUUGACUACUUGUUGUAUUCUCAUCCUACUAAUGGUAAACUU